CUUUCCGCAGAUCUCAGAUUCGUACUUAGCUAGAUGAAAAGCUAUUGGAUCUGAUAUGAUUGGUACUGAAAUCACGAAUGUGCUCUGCUUGGUCCGCUUGUUGAGAGCGCGGCAUAGAUUGUCUCAAUUCCACAACUGUUGCUUACUGCCGCACUGGAGAUCUCUACAGUUGGGUUUCCGGAGAGCGGAAUUUCGUUUGAUCCAACUGGUACAUGAAUAGAUCGGUUGAGUGAUGAUAAACUGGCGUAGGGGAUGCCUGCCCUACUGUGAAGAACAUUCUUUUACUGGAUUCGGAAGGGAAGCGCGUGGCUGUCAAGUACUAUUCAGAUGACUGGCCGACGAAUAACUCCAAGCUAGCCUUUGAGAAAGCUCUGUUUACCAAAACAAUGAAGACUAAUGCCCGGACAGAAGCGGAGAUUACCAUGUUUGACAACUACAUCAUUGUGUACAAGUUCAUUCAGGAUCUCCACUUCUUUGUCACCGGAGGGGAUGAUGAAAAUGAACUUAUAUUGUCUGCAGUGCUCCAAGGUUUCUUUGAUUCUGUUGCUCUUCUCCUGAGGAACAACGUUGACAAGAGAGAGGCACUUGAGAACUUGGAUCUCAUUUUCUUAUGCCUUGACGAGAUUGUUGAAAGAGGGAUGAUAUUGGAGACUGAUGCCAAUGUCAUUGCCGGAAAGGUGGCCGUCAAUAGCAUGGAUCCUGCUGCACCAUUGUCUGAGCAGACGAUCUCUCAAGCAUUGGCUACAGCUCGGGAGCAUUUAACGAGAACCCUCUUCCAGUGAGGCAAAUCAACAAGAGACUGCGUGAUAGCAAAGAUCCUGGUUCUCAUUCGUUAGGAUGAACUUGUUGAGAAAUUUGGGGAGUUUUAUUCAUAGUUUAUUCCCAUGAUUUUUUUUUUACCUGCGAGCUUACAAAUCUUGAAAGUUUAACCUCUCCAGUUUAAGGCUUGUUACUGCACUUGUACUUGCUCAGAUUUUACUCUUCUCAAACAUCAAUGUCUUGACGAUUGUUGUGUUGUUUCAACAUUUCGCUAUUAAAACGACCAUUCUGCUGCAUUGUUGUUACCGACCAGCAUGGUUGCAGGAACUAAGAACAGGACUUUUAAGAAUAGAGAGUAACAGUUUUCA